UCUAUCUUGUUUCUGUGCAAUCCAACCUUAAAUGAUAAAGAACAAUAAAGGGGCAGUAUAUGGAAAUAACUAAUUUCAUAGUCUCUUUUUGUCAGGUGAUGUACCUCAAGGAGAUAUGCCGGUACCUGAACAUCCCUGCCUCCAACCCUCAGAGGCAUGAAAGUAAAAGUAAAAGUUUUUAAACAAAGAAGGUAAAAGUCAGAAGGAAGAGGGUGAACAGGAAGGUGUGGCAUGAGGGAACUACAAGUGAUCUACAACUCAGCAUUUACGUGGGUGUACUGGAGUACGUAAUGGUUUUUCAGGGUAGCCAGAUGUUGGUACAUAAGCUCCACGACAAACAGCUUUCAGCUUUUUUCUUGCUUCGUCAAAGCUGAAUACAUAACUAAAGUGUCACCCAAGGCUAUGGGAUUGAUGGUACUUCAGGAGAAGAUGCUGCUGUCUGCCAGGGAGAUGUAUGUGGUCUGGGAAGCAGAUGGAUUCAGAACCAGGAAUCCUAAUCAUGCUCUGCUGAAGUCUUUCAUGGAACAGGUCACCAAAGCCUACACCACCCCUGAACUUUACAUGCAGAAGAAGUUUCCCUUGUAAAGUCACACACAGGUCACUGUCUGCUCUGGACACGAUUUUGAUAGGCCACUCGCAGGCAGCGAUCCAGUUGAAGAAGCUGAGCGCAAUGUUGGGCCACCUCUCACCAGCCAGCACUGAUCAUGUGAUACAACAUCAAUCCAUGCCUGGCCAGCUUCACAUGGUGAAGUGACAUGACAUGGUGGAGUGCUGGGCUCAUGUCUUGGCCCAGACACUGAAGUAUCCAGCCCUGGGUAAUGUGGUGAAAGGUGCCCUCUCCGUCUUUCAUGGUACCAGGGUUGAGUCUUUGUUUAGCUGGAUGAAUGACAUCAUUGAUACACGAAGCCCCAACAUGAACAUCUCAACGUUCAAUGCAAGACAGACUGAAGUACACCCUGCACUCCAAGCAGAAGACUGCAGUGGAGAUGUUUAAAUGGGAGGAUGCAAGGUUUGGGGAGGUGGACAAAAGGCUCUGCAGAAACAUCAGGUCAGCAGGAACAGUAGACAAGACACAGUGACAGCAGAGUCUGCUGGAAGACUGAAGACGACAUCUCGAGUAUGGCUGUCAGCCAUCUGGAAGUGCUCAGGAGAGCAAGAGGGCGGCAGCUGAAAGGAGAAGAGGUCAAGGCUCAAGCAUGCUGCAAAACAGCGCAAGUGGGCACUUGAAAUACUUGUCCGGGCUAAGAAAAAGAAGGCCUGAGUUGGUAGUGAAGAAACUCCGGUAUUAUGCCCGCUACAUUGUAGUUUGUUUACUUCUGAACAAGAUGGAUCUGGUGAAAGUGCUGGUCAAGGAGCUGUCAGAGGAAAUUGAGGACUAUACGCAGCGAUUCAACACAGAAUAUCAAUUAGAGUGGAAUCUGGUCUUACAGGAAGUGGCAGCUUUUGUGGAGGCAGACCCAGUUGUGGUGCUGAACAAUGAAAAUACUGUGGUCGUCAUAUCCAAUCGGCUGCAGGAGGGGGGCAUGUCUCCGUUGGAACAGGGCAUGGUGGUUGGUCAGCUCACCCUGGCAGAUGCACUAAUCAUUGGCAACUGCAACAACCAGGUGAAGUUCAGUGAGCUAACCAUCGAUAUGUUCCGCAUUCUCCAAGCUUUGGAGCGGGAACCAGUCAAUCUGGCUACAACGACAUCUAAAUAUGGAACAUUGGCCCUUACCCCAUGUCUUCCUUCACAGGAACCCAGCGAUAAGCCAGCCAAGAGAGAGAACCCUCACAAGUACCUGCUGUACAAGCCAACGUUCAGCCAGCUCUUCACCUUUUUGUCUGCCUCCUUUAAGGAGUUGCCAGUGAACAGUGUGCUGCUCGUCUAUCUUUCAGCUACUGGAGUCUUCCCUACUGGAUGCUUGGAUUAUGAGGGACCAUAUGACUUUGGAGGAGUCCUCACCAACACGAACCGUGAUGUGGUAAACGGGGAAACGGUGCAGAAAAGGAACCAAGCCCAAAAAGAGAUGCACUGCCUUCACCCUGGGGACUUGUUCCCUUUCACCCGGAAGCCUCUCUUUGUCAUUGUGGACUCCUCCAACAGCACAGCCUAUAAGAAUUUCUCCAAUCUCUUUGGUCAGCCGCUGGUGUGUCUUCUAUCUCCCACAGUCUAUCCACAGAGCAUGCAGGGUUUGUUUGUCACUAUUAUUUUAGCUUUGUACUCAAACUCAAAAUAAAUAUAAGUUUAUUGGUCGCAUACACAAAUUUGCAGAUCUUGUCUCACGUGCAGUAAAAUGCUUGUGUUUCUAGCUCCAACAGUGCAGUAAUACCUAUCAAUAAUUCAAAUAAAUAAAGACAUAAUAUUGCA